AUGACAUUCGUUAAGGUUGUGAAGAACAAGGCGUACUACAAGCGGUUCCAGGUGAAGUACCGCCGCCGCCGCGAGGGGAAGACGGAUUACCACGCACGCCGCCGCAUGGUGCUGCAGGACAAGACAAAGUUCGGGACCCCGAAGUACCGUUUGGUGGUGCGCAUCACGAACCGCGACGUGAUUGCCCAGAUCGUCCACGCGAAGGUUGUUGGCGACGAGGUUGUAAUGGCGGCUUACUCGCACGAACUGCCACUGUUCGGCAUCGAGCACGGACUGACAAACUACGCUGCUGCCUAUGCCACUGGAUUGUUGGUUGCCCGCCGCAUGCUGGCGAAACUCGGACUCGCGGAAAAGUUUGUCGGCGUGAAGGAAGUGGAUGGUUCAUACGCCGCUGUGCGCACGAAGGACGACGACCAGGGCGAUGACGAGUCACGCUUCCCCUUCAAGGCGAUCCUUGACGUGGGUCUGGCCCGCACAACAACUGGCGCUCGCGUGUUCGGUGUGUUGAAGGGUGCUGUGGAUGGUGGCCUCGCCGUACCUCACCGCCCCAAUCGGUUCCCCGGUUACAACAAGGAGAGUGAUGCGCUCAACGCAAAGGUACACCGCGAUCGUAUCUUCGGCCGCCACGUUGCGGAUUAUCUGAAGCAGGUGCGUGAGGAGGCAAGCUCAAACCCCGACGAAAAGACUUGCCAGUUCUCCAAGUUUAUCGCGGCAAAGGUUUCGCCCGACGACAUGGAGGGCAUGUACAAACGUGCGCACGCUGCCAUCCGUGCUGACCCAACGAAGCGACGUGCCAAGAAGGAGCGCCCCGCUGAGGCGAAACCGAAGAAGUACAACACGGUGAAGCUAACUGGUGCCGAGAAGAAGGCCGCAGCGAAAGCAAAGGUUGCCGCUGUGAUUGAGCGCAUCCGUGACCGUGCGAAGUAA